UUAUUUAUUUCCAACAAUAAACAGUUCAUCGCCAAACUGGGUGCCAAAACGGUCGAAAGGUUUCUGAGCCUUGCGGACAGUAAUUUCCUGGACGAUGUUAACGACGACUUAAAAUGUUAUUUAGCCGCAAGAAGAGUUGACAGUGUGCUGGUGUUUCCACCAGUUAGCAACUACAGAAGGUUCCUGAUCCAUCAGUGUGUGGAGCAGUCAGGCUUGCCGGAGCUCACCACCUUUUCUAUAGGUGUGAGCGACGAGAGACGCACUGUGGUUUGCUUCAGAGAGAGACUAUUAAGUGAUGAGGCUUGCGCGAGACCAACCAUGGGGCUGACACAUGUCGACCAUGACGACCAUGCCAACAUUUCACAUACAGACGCGGUGGUGGGGGCCAGCAGGAGUCGCCGCGAACUCAGCGAAAAGAUCAACAGAGCUGGUCCCGCGAAGCCGCGUCGUCCCGACCGCGCGGUCUACGUGCCCAGAGCUCUGCGGCAGGCCGACAACGCAUCAUCGGACGAAAGUAAAACCGAGAACAACAAACGGACCAGCCAAGUUAACGAGAUACCAAAGUGCCCUAAGUCGCCAGCGCCGAGAGACAAGUCCGCUCACGGCACACCCAGGAAGUCCUUAGACAAAACCUUCUGCAACGUCUACGUGCCGCCGCACCUCAGGAAUCAGAGAUCUCCUCAAGCCGCUAACGACCCGCCAGACGUCCAGACGACGUCCUCCGACGCAAACGAAUCCGUGCCUUCAGGCUACCAAGUGCCAAAUAGUGAUAGUGCAAUAUCGUUUAGUGCCGAGAAUUUAGGUGACGUUGAAGUGAACGAGAGUUUUUAUAUAGGUGAUUAUUUCGCGAACGGACAGCUAGGGUUCUACAGCCCGAGCUAUUACGGCGAGUACGCGGACCCGAGCCGGGAAUACGGGUCGGACCGGACCCAGUGGCGGACCAAUGAGCUAGACGACAACAUGGCGAUGAACGAACAGAAUCAAAGCAAUAUUAUAGAUAAGGAUUAUAUAUACGAGAAAGAUGGAGAUUACGAGAAGGAGGAGCUUAGAAGAGCUUCGCAGGAGAUCAAUAGGAGCAGCAAGAGGAUCAUAAAGCAGAGUUUCGAUUCCGACGUGCUCGUUAUAUCGGAUCCAGCUGACGAAACAGAAGAGAAGACAGACGUUUCGGUCGUGCCAGAGAAGGACGUGAAAGAGCCAGAAGCGAAGAAAACCAAACCGAAACUUGAGCCCAAAGUUUCUUUGAAGCGGGAAGAUAACGACUGGGACGCGGUUUUCGAUGACACGGGCGAGUGCCUUGACCCGUCUCUGUUGGAGGAGCUGACGACGACCGUAGGCAGGGUCCACAUCAGCAAGGCCAAGAACAAUUACGAGCAGUACCAGACCAGGGGUCAGUCGUUGUUCAACGGUCCCUACGACGAGACGUUUGGUCACGUCGUCGAAGUGUACGACUUCCCUAGUGAAUUCAAAACGAACGAUUUGUUCUCGUUGUUCAGUGAAUAUAAGGACACCGGCUUCGAGAUUAAGUGGGUCGAUGACACGCACGCCCUGAUCGUCUUCAGCAGCGCCAAGAUCGCGUCCGAAGUUCUAUCGACGCAGCGGACGCUGGCUAAAUGUCGACCUCUCCACGCCGCCACUCUCGAAUCGAGGAACAAAGCUAAGAAAUGCGCCGAGUUCCUACAACCGUACAGACAGCGGCCGGAGACGUGCACGGCGCUGGCGCGGCGCCUUGUGUCCACCGCGCUGGGCGUGCGGCUCAGCACCGCGCGCCAGGAGCGGGCCGAGGAGACCAAGCUGCUCACCAGGGCUCGAGAGAAGAAGCGUCAAGCGGCGCUACACAAGGAGGCCGCGUGGGAUGGCUCGCUGGCCAAUCGAUCGCUUGCUGACUCCUGAGAUUCACAAAAUGCAGUUGUUUCACAUGGACUAUAAUAACAAAAGGAGGUUGAUGGAGGCACUUCAUAUAUUUUAAAACGAGCUCUCAAAAUAGUUAAUUAUUUACAUAUAAUAAUAUAGAUAAUGUUAUAGAAUGUUAUACAUAGUGUAUUUUUAUAACGCGUAAAAAUGUUUUAUCGAUAACGUUCAAGAGGUUUUCACGUCCCUAAGACUUUUUAAUGUUAAGUUUUUAGUUUUUAAAUGUACGUACGUGUUUUUACUUUUUAGUGACGUUAUCAAUAUAUUGUGAUUCACGAGUGCUUCCUGUUGAUAUAUCGAUACUUUUACGGUCUCCAAUCCAAAUCGUUCGUGAAGAACGUGAGUUUUAGUAAAUGUAUCGAUCGAGAUAUAGUUCGUCUUUUUCUUUUCUUUUUUACGUAUGGCAAUUAUCUGUCUUCUGUGACUCCAUUGUUGCCAGUGUCGAUUUUACAAAAAUUUGAAAA